GGGUGCUGGAGGAGCUGCUGACCUAUGAUGACCUUUUCCUGGAGUAUUUCAAUGCCUUCCUGGCUCUGCCUGCCUUUCCUUUGAGACUGCGCUACGACCGGCUCAGGGGGCAGCUGCAGGAGCUGGAUGGCUUCCUCCCAGAGUCUCCCAGCCAGCCGGGGAUGAAGCCAAGCUCUCCUCACUAUGGAGCCACUGACGCAGAGAGGGAAAGGAUCCUGGGCUGGCUGAGGAGGGAGCGCUUACCCCCUUUUCAGAGGACGGCCCUUUACCUGGAGUACAAGCUGGCAAAGCUGCUGAUUCGUCCCCUGGAUGAAGGCUACCCAGUGAGCCGGCAUGAGAUUCGUGGGUACAGCCGUCAGUCUGAGAGCACUGCUGUCUCCAGCAUCCCCAGUCACCCAUCAACAGCUGGGCUGCCCACCAGGGUCCCCAGCCUCGGGCUGUGGAGGCCUCCUAGUCAGACCCGCAGCACCCCAGCCCACCUAGGCUGCUUCUCCAGCAUCCCUGACCAGCUGCCCUGGGGGAGCUCUGUGGAGUUCCCAGCUGCCCUGUUGUGUUAUGCGGCUCUUAAUUGGCUGCUCCAUCCCAGAAGUGGUUGCAUUUCUGUGGCAGAAGGCUCCGUGGAUGGCUGGACCAAUGCUGGUGGGUCCGAGAGAUCCCUUGAUGGCCUGACCAGAGCCGCCUCUAGCUCUUCACCCACGGCAGGGCACCACAUGGGCAGCAGGCGCCAAGGGGAGCCGGCCUCAGGCACUAGGAAGGUGCUGCAGUUUGGCGGGGAGGAAUUAAACACCUCUGACAGAGGGGAGGAAUCCUGGCUGCUCCCUGGCUUUGGCCGUUCCACUCUGCAGCAGCUGAAGGAGGAUGUGCUGGGGACGAGGGCUGGCAUGGAUUGCUUCAAGGAGUUUCUCCAUGGUACCCUGGGGAUCCACCUCCUUCACUUCUGGAUGGACUGUGAAGAUAUCAUGGAGCGCACCAAGUGCUUAGAGGCCAGUGCUGCCGAGCGGGAAGCUCAGAUCCUCUGUGUCAGCCUCUGCCGGAACAUUCAAGACAAGUACAAGCUGAGCCUGUCUCUGGCCUCCGAGCAGCGGCGAGGCCAGCUAAAGAUUGAUGGGCCUACUACAGCCUUGGCUGUGUCUUUUACUGCAGGCAGUAGAGGCUCAUGCAUUAAGCUCAAGAGGUCUCAGGUUUGA